AUGGUUUAGAUAAACAAAAAAAGUGAAAAUACAAUAAAUGUUUUGGAUGAAAAUAAUAACUUCAAUUAAGUGUGCACUUACUAAUCUAUGUAUUCUCUAAAUGAUAACUUCUUAGUAACUAAUGAUGGUCAAUAUCUAGUUGUUGUGCUUAAUAAUACUCUAACUAUCUUAAGUUUUAAUUUCUAAGCAAAAGCAUUUUAAAUUGUUUAUUAAGAUGCUCAUUAAUCUCAAUUUAACAUUCUAUCACUUAACUAUAAACAAGAUAAAAUCUAUUUGAUAAGAGAUUAAGUUAAUUUUUAGAUCAUUUCACUAGUAGACUUAAGUAUUGCUUAAGGAAUACUUAAUAAUUCAUGGUAAAUUUUGGAUAUGCAUAUUUCUUAAGACGAAAAAUGGUUAUGUAUAAGCGCUAAUUCUCAGGGCUUAUUUAUUUACUAGUUUAACAAAUUUAACAGCAACACGAUUUAAUUUUAAAUGGUUUCUUCAUGUGCUGAGGUCAAUUUUUAUCAGUUUAUUCUUUUUAAAAAUGACAGCUAUAUAAUUGGUUAAGACUAUUUAAAAGGGAUAAGUAUAUUUGAUCUUACUAAUUUCAAUGAUUAACUUGAGUAGGGAAAAACAAAUAUACUGCUAAAUCCUUCUCUUUUAAAUUGGUCGAUGGUACAGGGUGGAUUUCAAUAUUCCUCUACUAUAGAGAUUAACCUAGAAUAAACUUUAAUCUAUGUUGGAGCAAGAUCAUCAGGCAUUUAUGUGAUCGAUAUUACUAAUACUUUAAGUCCUGUAGUGUUCUAAUUCAUACAAAUCUAAGAUGACAUAUUUUAGUUAAUCCUAUCCUACAACCUCUCUUACUUAUACUUAUCAACUAAAAUGAGUGUUUUUGUGUAUUAAAAGGAACAGGCUAAUUUAUAGAUGAACUAUCCUAAUAUGUAUAAUAAGCAUUAAUCCACUCUAUCUUCUAUCUUAAAUACACCAUAUGGUUGGAGAAGUCUUUUACUAAAAGAUGAUAAAACUCUAAUUGUAGCAUGCAAUAAUUAAGGAGUUGUUAUUGCUUAAUUCAACUAAACUAGUAUUUAACAACCUUUAUAUGUGUUAAGUACUAUUUCUUAUCCUUUUAAUUCAGCUGCCGACAAUAUCUUGCUGCUCAGAAACGAAACAUUCCUAAUAGUCCCUGUUUAAGAUCCUGCUGGAUAUAUUCUAGAUGUAUAUGAUAUUUCUAACAAAACUUUUCCAUAAGUUGUGCAGCGUAUAGCAUCUUAAACUUCUGCUUAUAUCUAUCCUAUGUCCAUAAAAUAAGAUGAAACACUUUUUGCAUGUUAAAUUUUAAAUUAAUUAGCUUUUUAUCAAAUUUCUGGUAAUAUUUUAUUUAGCUUAAUUUCUUUAUAUGAAAUUCCUUUGUCUUUAUCUAAUAAUCAAUCCGUUGAUAUAACUGAUAUGGUUAUUUUAAAUGGUUAUCCAUAUAUAAUAUUGAUGUUUAGGGCAAUAUCAAUAUGUGCUUUAGAUAUUACGGACCUUAUAAACCCUUUUGUUACUAGUAAAAUUGCUUCUUUAGGAGCUGAAAAAUUAGUUUAAGGAACUUAUAAAAAAAAUUUUGGGUUCAUUGCAGAUGGUUUGCAAGGAAUUUCUGUGAUUGAUUUAGAUUAGCUCCCUAAUUUAGUAAUUAUUUCAAAUGUUUAAAUUAGAGGAUAUACUAACUUUUUAAAUCUUAUUAUGAAUGAGCAAUUUCUAAUUACUAGCUAGCUUAGCGGAGGAGAAUCAGCUUUAGUAUCUCUUAGUCCUAUUUAAUCACCACAAUUAAUUAGUUAACUUUAAUAUAAAAAUGAAUUUGCUGCAGUUUCUUCUGUUACAAGUAGCUGUAAUUUUUUAUUUGCUAUAAAUGCUGGUGGUGUUAGGGUAUUUCCGAUAAAAGAAAAUAUUUUAAUUCACUAUGAGUUUUCAUAGAUUGUUAAAUAUAAUACAGGUGUUGUAAGUCUAAUAAGAUUAAAGCAAAAAGAUCAAAUUCUUUCUGUAGGUCAAACUAUUUAGAUAACUCUUAAUCCGCUUUAUCCUAUCUAAGGAUCACAAGUAACAAAUGCUUAUUUAGUUAGUGAUGGUAUUUUAUAUGAUUUACCAUCCUGGAUGGUAUUUGACAUUUAUUAAAGCACUCUAACUUUGAGUAUUACCAAAGAUUCGCUUACAAGUAUUAGCACAUAAAAAUAAACAAAGAGCGAUAUUACACAAUAGACUGUUGUAUUUGUAACUAAAUUAGCUCUCUCUCAAAGUUCAUUUAUUUAUAAUAGUGAAAUUACAGAUAGUAUAGUAAUUAAUGAAAAUAUGAGUGAAUAAAUUUUUUUAGCAUAUAAAAAUAUAGGAGUAAUAAAUAAUAAGAACCAAGUAUCUGACCAAUUUGCUGAAGAUGAGACUUUUACUCCUCCAAAUAUUGAUGGACUUAAUUUAACUGAUGAAGCAUUAAUGAAAAUUUAAAGAGUUUUGUAGAUGAGCUUAACUUAUUCUCCAGUUGAUCUACUUUUAUAAAAAUCAUUAAAAGUAGAUUUCACAUUAGAAAAUAAUUAUAUUUAAUCAUAUUCACAAACCGCAAGCAUUUUAUUUAUUAUUAACUAAUAAGAUGGAAAAUUUGUUAAUAGAUUAUAUUCAAGUGUGAUUAAUAUUUAGAUCAGUGAUGGAAUAAAUAAUGACUUUAGCUGUGAAUAUUAAUUCGAUUAACUCUCAAAAAUACUUUAAGUUAAAAAAAUUAUUUCUAUCAGUCCUGAAAAUAAGCUCUAAGUAUAAGUUAAUAACUAAUAUCAUGAAUCUCAGAUUGCUAUAAAUAGAUAAGUAGAUAUAUAGUUUUCUUUUAAUACCUAUAACGAUGCUAAUUUCAAUGAAUUAUAGUUUUAAGCUUACUAUAUAAUAAAUGAUAAAUAAUAAGAAUUAACUUUUUAGCAAAGCGAGAUAUAAUUCGAUCCUCAGUAGUUUAAGUUUAAUAUAAAAACAUCUACUUAAGAUUUUGGAAGAGAAUAUUGCUUAGGUGUAAAUGCAACAGAUACUUAUUCUUGGAGUAAUAUUCUCAAAUAUAGCUUGAAAAAAUUUGAAACAUAAGAAAAUAGCAUUGGUUAGAAUAGUGAUACAGAUAUCAUUGAUAUUUUCCCUUUGAAAAAAUAGUAUAUCUAAGCUCAAUCAAUAAUUAAGAGAACAGUAAGAGUUUUAAACUCAAAAAAUUUUCUUAUCAGAGAAAUAAACUAUUAAAACUUUAAAAAUUAUAUCACAAAUAACUAAGAAAUAGAUGCUAAAGCUUUUAUUAAAGAUUUACUUACUUCUAAUCAACCUAUUAAUUAAUAGGGUAAGUAUGAUGAAAAUAUACAGUAGAAAGCUUUAUGUGAUAUAUAAAUCACUGAUUUAGAAUAAAUAUAGUCUAUAUCUAAAAAUACUGAAAAUGAUACAAUCGAAAAGUUUUCUCCAAUUUUAUUUGAAAGCUGUGAAUCAGAAGGUAAUUCAAAUAAAGUAUUCCACUAAAACUAAGAAUAAAAUGAAAAACAUAAAUUUAAACUGAUAUUAUAUGACCAAUACAUAAAUGGAGCUGAUCCCUAAGAAAUUAAUUAAUGUAAACUUAUAAAUAGCAAUAUUUAAUAACUAAAUAGAAAAAUCUAAAAAUCGGUAAAUCCAUUUCAAAAUCAAACUGAAGAUUAUAUUAUUUGA